AUGAGUGCUUCAAGUCUGUGCCUUUAUCGUCCUCUCAUCACUGCACUCUUCUUUUCCAGACGCCGCUUAAUUAGCAGUUCCCUAUCAUCAAGUAGCCCUUUAGUCCGUGUUUGGUCUUGCUCUUCCUCUCAUUCCAUCAAUGGCCCAACUCCACCACCAGCUAUUGUGGAAAAAAUGGAGGAGCAGACCAUUGGCGUGGCUAAAGUCGAUACCUUGAAGCAGAAAAUGGAGCUUCUUGGGAUUCUUUGUAAUGAUUCUUGUGUGCCUGGACGCUAUACUAAUCUACUGUGUCCCAAGUGCAACGGUGGACCGUCAAUGGAGAGGAGCUUGUCUGUUCACAUUGUCCAAAAGGGGGAUUUGGCAAUGUGGAGGUGUUUUCGAACUGAUUGUAGUUGGGGUGACCAGGUAUUCAUAGAUGGCAGGGCAGCGCAUAAUGAGGUCAAGAAGAUGGUCCAAUUCUCUGGACAAAUGACAGAGGAGAGCCUCAGGUUAGAAGCACCAGGGGAAAAGGUAACUGCAUACUUCAGUGAGCGAAUGAUAUCUGAUGAAACUCUGCGGAGAAAUGCUGUAAUGCAACGUUCUGGUGAUAAGGAUAUCAUUGCAUUUACUUAUAAACGUAAUGGACUGCUUGUUGGCUGCAAGUUCCGAAGCAUAGAAAAAAGAUACUGGAAGGAGAAGGGUUCCGAGAAAACACUAUAUGGAAUUGAUGACAUAAAUGAUGCAGCUGAAAUUAUCAUUGUUGAAGGGGAAAUAGACAAGCUUUCAGUGGAGGAAGCUGGCUUCUGCAAUUGUGUGAGUGUCCCUGAUGGUGCGCCAGGAAAGAGUUCUAAUAAAUUGCCACCUGUGGAAAAGGACACUAGAUAUCAGUAUCUGCGGAGUUGCAAACAGCAUUUGGAUAAGGUUUCUCGGAUUAUCCUGGCAACUGACAAUGAUAAACCAGGACAAGCUUUGGCCAGAGAUAUAGCACUCCGCCUUGGGACGCACAGAUGUUGGCAAGUAAGUUGGCCAAAGAAAGAUGAGUCCAGCUAUUACAAAGAUGCUAAUGAGGUUCUAAGGCAUAUGGGACCUGAUGCUUUGAGAAAGGUGAUUGAAAAUGCCAAACCGUAUCAGUUAUGCAUCUCAGACCAAGUAGUAAGUUCAGACAAGCAUAAGCCAGAAAGAAUACCAGCUUCUUAG